GGCUGGAGAAAGACGGCUGGAGAUCCGAAGCGCACGACAUUUAUCGCAGAAUACUUGGUUUUAUCCAACAAACAAACGCUAUCAUGCAGCAGAGAGACAACAUUUUUCCUGGCAGGAAAACAGUGACCUUCCGUAGGGGUCCUCGGGGGUACCUCCUUCAGCAACCAAGUGAUACAGCAAAGCUCCUUAAGGACAACCCUUCGCUGCAGGACAAAUCUGCACCUCUGAGGGAGGACGCUGUGAGGGAGAAUGCCCUGACUGUUGUCCGUGUGAGGGGAGGGGAUACCUCAGACAAGACGGAGGUACUGGGAGAGUACAUCCUGCAGUUUGGGAAGUAUAUGGGGAAAUCCUUCCGGUGGCUUUUGGAGAAUGAUGUAGGGUACACCAUCUACCUCAUCCAACAUGUGGAAAAAGAAGAGGCUGCAGGAGUGUCAAUGACCCAGGGACACAACAAGGACAGCAUAUUGUCCUUUGUCAGAUAUGCCUGCAGCUUUCGCGACCUCACAUCCCUUGUGAGCUACCAGCCCCCCCCCCCCAAAGCAGCCUCAGAGGAUGAGCAGCUGGUGGGCUUUGGCGCUCGUUCGAAGAGCACCUGGCGGGAGGUGUGGGACAGCAGGGCUGACGGCUAUGCAGCCUUCAUCCUGAAGAGCAAGUGCUUUCCGGGGUCGCAGAUGCACAGGCUGCAGCAGUACCUCAUGAAGCACUCAACCUCCGUCCCUCCACUAGUUCAGAAGGCACCUGAACAAGCCACGAUGAUGGAUGACGAUGAAGAGCUGGAGAGAGCAAUGCUGAGCACUGAGGAACUAGAGUGUACUGCUGCUCCAUCAUCAUCGUCAUUGUCAGCUGAAGUGCGACCAUCCCCUGCCACACAAACAGCCAUCUUCUGGCCUUGUUCUGUGUUCCGGCCAUGUUCAGGCCAUGUCCAACUAAUACUGUGUCUGCAUGCUGGUGUUCCUACUAACAAAUAGGGUUCAUGAAUUGAUUUCCUCAACGUAGAGGCCCCCGCUGCCUUGCCGACAGUGAAGACACCUGUGCCCCUUCCUGCUGAGCUGCAGUUUAUGGUCAAAGAGCUAGAGAGGACUGUCUCUGCACCAGGUGUGUAUCACAGGCUGACUGACAUAUGCAGUUUCAUUUAAUGAACAAUGUCUAUACUGUUGCCCAUAUGAGUUCCUUCAAGGCUGUGCAGCGGUGGUAACAAAUAUGGUAAUUAUGUAAGUAUGUGAUGAUAAAGUAAAGAGUUUAUUGGCCUUAAUGGAACCAUACAUUUGUCUUUUCCGGAGCCCUCCCAUCCUCUGAGACCUCCUCUGCUCCUCACACACCUGAGCCACUGCCCACUGGUCCUUCUGUUGUGCCCCGACCGACACUCAGACCAACCCCCCAUACUACACCUGAGCAACCACACACAUUGUGAACAUCUGGGACGCUGAGGCGGGGGUUUAUGGGCAGAGAACACUCGGUCACCUGGUGAGGAAGGAAGACCCACCACUAGACUUUGGAACCUAUGAGGACGCAGGGGGAUGGAGUGGAGUCUCUGUCUCUGCCUACUACUUAGCUGACUGCCUCAUUGAUGAGUAUCGGCGCCAACAGCCAGCAAUCACAAAGCUCCUGCAGGGCACUUUCGGACAGGUCGUGCGCUCUGACCACACCAGGAAAGUGGCACGAAAAGUGACCCUGUCAUCAGGCACCAUGUCCAGUUAUGCCAUCAUGAACGAGAACUGGAUGAUCGCCUCCUGGGUCAUGGUGCAAUCAGAAACAGAGAAAUCGCUUACGCCUAUGUACCAGGGGUUAGCGAAGAGGUACGAUGAUGCUGGGGUGGAAAAGGCCAAGUACCACUGGGUAGACAGGGACUGCUGUGCGCCAUUCAGAAUCCCUGACCUUCAACACGGAGAGUGCCUUAACUGGGAUGCCUGGAAGACGACAGAGUCCAUCGUUGCCGAGGCCACAGUUGGUGCUCUGGAGAACACUUGUGCGUCUCGUACAGACUACAACCGCAACAUUGUGGUCAAGUUGGACCUGUUCCACUGUAUGAUGCUCUGAAGUGCACUCCCGAGUAAAGCGCCUCAUACAGUGAGUGCACUUCAGAGCAUCAUUCCCUCUACAGCACCUUCUGCCAACUCCUCUCCUCUGCCUUCUCUGUCGUGGAUCAGGAGGACCUACAGAAACUGACAGGUGCUUACCAGUUCUGUGGAAUUCAACCGCCAAAUCCCACAAAACAGCAUAUCAGAGAACACUGUAGAACCCUGAUCCCAGCACCAGCAGAACUAGUCAACAGAGUGGAGAAAGUUCUUCGACAUUUCCACCUGACCACAGACCCAAACAAUGUACCUCUCUUCAAACAUACCAUGCUGAAGACUUGGCGUAUCCAGAGGGUGCACAUUCUGCGUGGGUGCCUGAGUGACCCCCAGCUCCCUGGGGGAACCCUGUACAGGUAUGGGGGGACUCUGCAGCUGAACCACGUCCCUGGUGACGGUGCGAAAGUCCCCAUCUGGAUUCCUGUCAGGGGGACCUCACAGCAGGAGGGUUACCAUUUCCAUCAGUCCCAGUGGAUUACUGGGACUCAUGUGUCCUGUGAACUGUUCCAGGCUCAGGGCAUGACAGGGGUGGCAAGAUGGAACUACAAGCGGCUUCUGGACCUGAAGCAGCCAGAUGUGACCCUCCCGCCUGUUUUUGAUCCGUUGCUCAUAAUGGAGCUGAACUCUGCUUCAAAGAGAGUGACAGGAAAGGAGAAGUACCCUCUACUUUGCCUCUCUGAUAGGGACACAGGAGAGAGAUUUGGACUCGAGUACAUUGAGCCAGAGUGCCGCCCAGUUCCCCUAGACUGGAACAAACACAGGUCAAAAGGGAAGGAUGAUGUACCGGUUUCCAGUGCCUCCACCCCCUGGCCCGACACCAUCUGUAAACCUGGCCCCAUCCACUCCUGCACCUGUGGCCCAGCCACCCCAGCUUCACCCUGCUGGGAGCCGUAAUGUACAGCUGAUGUCCCAAGGAAGCAUGGAACAUCCAGCUAUAAUGGAAACUUCACCUCUGCCACUGAGGUCCUCCCCACAGAGUGCCCGCACUGGACCGAUUAAGACAGGUGGAAGAGUCUUUGUCUUGGACCACAAGCGCUGGCCGUCACCAAUGAAGGCAGCUAUAGACAGCCUCCUAAACACCUACCAUGGGCAGAAAGAGAUGGUAAAACUUGUGGACAAGGACUAUGCUGCCAUGGUCCAUCAAUCUGCCUCUGACCCAAAUAGUCUCCUUCACCCCACCACCAAACAUCACAUUACACUGUACACAAAACACCUGGCAAAACAACUGAACACCAGCUCUUCUCUGAACACCAGUCCAGAAAAACUAAUGGAGACACAGAAGCUGUGGCAAGACUUAACGGAGGGAAGUGAGACUGUCCAUGUCCCAGUUGUUGUGCUGCCACCAGCCACUGUCAAUCCGGUCGAUGUCAAAUGUGUGCCACCUGAAAAGCCAUUGGCAGAGGACAAAAUACAGCAAAUGCUACAGGACAUUCAGCAACAGCUACAGCGGCAGGAGCAGCAGGAGCUACAGCAGCAGGAGCAGCAACAAAAGCCACGGCAGACCAAAACGUGCCAUGCGUGUGGGCAGCCAGUGUCACGCUACCAAAAUGAUGGAUCAUCGGUCCAUCAUUUUUACCAACAAGGCCCUACACGCUACCACUACUGUUCCACAAAGGUCUUCCAGACAUACUCUGCAGAGGGCCUGACAGACCCCAAGAUGACCAUUGAAGCAUUUGCUCAGACUGCAUUCUUUCAGCGUGAGCUGCAGCUAACGAGGGACAGAGUGGAGGAAAAGGCUGCCAAGAGGAGAAAACUCAUGGAACCUGUGGCUCCUCAAACGCAGGGGCGAAUGUGCCGCUUCUGCCAUACGACGCUGAAGCAGAGCCCCCACGGCAAACACAUUCACACAGGGUUUCCUGGAGUGGCAGGCAAAUACAUUUACUGCCCUUCAAAGGUCUUUAACAUGUAUAAAUCAGAGGGUAUGCUUACAGAAAUGACAUGGAAGGAAUUCCAAGCAUCACCCUUUUAUGCCAUGGAAAAGAAGAAGUGGGCAGCGGAGAGAAAAAGAUAGAACAUGUUGAAUGAACAAUCCAGGAGUGUCUCCAUUGUGUUGUGUGCUUGUGUUGUGUGCACAAUGUUGUCAUGUUUCAUUUUUGAAGUAUAUAAAAAGUUAAACUUGAA